AUGCCGUUGCCGCCAUCUGCGCUGAACAGGAAGAGCAGCCGCGUGUAUUCCGUGGCGCGUGUGUACGCGGAUGCCUGCGAGAAGAGGCCCCAGGAGUACUGGGAUUACGAGCAAGGUGUGACGAUUGAGUGGGGGAAGAUCUCGAACUACGAGGUUGUGAACAAGAUCGGGAGGGGCAAGUACUCCGAGGUGUUUGGCGGGAAGUGUGUCGCGAACGACAAGUCGUGCGUCAUCAAAGUGCUGAAACCGGUGAAGAUGAAGAAGAUCUACAGGGAGUUAAAGAUUUUGACAAACCUCACUGGCGGGCCCAACGUCGUUGGGUUGUACGACAUUGUGCAGGACAAGGACUCGAAGAUCCCCGCGCUGAUCUUUGAGGAGGUCAAGAACGUCGAUUUCAGAAAUCUGUACCCAACGUUUGGGUUAGCUGACAUACAGUUCUACUUCACACAGUUAUUGAUUGCACUGGACUACUGCCACUCAAUGGGGAUUAUGCACAGGGACGUAAAACCACAGAACGUGAUGAUUGAUCCUGUAGAAAGGAAGUUGAGACUUAUCGAUUGGGGGUUGGCUGAGUUUUACCACCCUGGGGUUGACUACAACGUCCGUGUCGCGUCCCGUUACCACAAGGGCCCAGAACUGCUUGUUAACUUGAAUCAGUACGACUACUCGCUGGACCUUUGGUCUGUCGGGUGUAUGCUGGCCGCGAUCGUAUUCAAGAAGGAGCCCUUCUUUAAAGGUUCCACCAACCCUGACCAGCUGGUCAAAAUUGCUGCCGUGUUGGGUACUAAGGAGCUGAUGUCAUAUUUGGGCAAAUACGGGCUUGAUUUGCCCUCCGAGUACGACAACAUCAUGAGAGAGUUCCCCAGAAGGGAGUGGAGGGAGUACAUAGGGAGCGACAACGCCCAUUUGGCGGUCCCAGCGAUGAUUGACCUGAUCGACAAUUUGCUAAGGUACGACCACCAGGAACGGCUCACUGCAAAGGAGACCAUGGAUCAUAUUUUCUUCAAGACCAAAUUCGAGUGA